AUGGCAGAGUGGGCAAAGCAAACCUACAACCAGCAGUACGAGAAAUGGGUUCCGUGGCUCGAGGACCAGUACCUGAAGUGGUUCACCAAGGACAACAAGGCUAGCUACACCACCAAGGACACGCUAGACAAGACCAAGGUCACCGGAGUCGAACAAGUCGACACCCUCCAAGAUGGCGUCCACAACCUCGUCGGGGGCCAGGUAGGCAAAGGCGGCCUCCUCCAGCCCGUCGGCGACCUGGCCUCCAAGGAGGGCAUCAACCGCGCCGAGCGCCAGGGCAAGGACGAGGAGGGUGGCUACGUCCCCACCGCCGUCCCGGGCUCCGGCGCCCUGAACCAGGCCGGCAGCGGCGUCGCCGACGGCGGCAAGGCCGUCGCUGGCAAGACCACCGAGGGCUUGAAGGGCGCCGGCGGCUACGUCGGCGGCCUCUUCGGCGCUGGCAAGAGCAAGGCCGAGCAGAAGUAA